AUGCUUGAACCUACAUAUGAUAUUAGCAUAAGACAUUUAUCUUUUGUACAGAGCAUUUUGAGGGCAGUCCAGCUGGAGCUUCCAAAAACAGAACAUAGGCAUUGUGCUAGGCACAUCUACGCAAAUUGGAACAAGUCAUUCAAAGGAGAAGAGUUGAAAUUACUGUUUUGGAGAUGUGUCAAAGCAUACAACUUGGCUGAUUUUGAGGAAGCAAUUACGGAGAUGGAGGAUGUUAAUCCGAUUGUUGUUGAUGCCUUUAGGAAAUGUGGUCCACACUUGUUUUGUAGAUCUUUUGUCAAACUAGAUGGAAAGUGUGAUGUUAUUUUGAGCAAUAUGGUAGAAACUUUUAACAAUUACAUCAUGAAUGCUAGAUCCCAUCAUUUAAUAGAUAUGCUUGAAGAUAUUAGAACAAUGCUAAUGAAGAGGAUGGCUAAUAAAAAGAAAGACGCAUUGAAGAAGUGGAAGGCCUAUUGUAUGGAUGUUUUAGAGGUUGAUAUUGAAAAUAGAACUUGUACUUACAAGAAAUGGGAUUUAAGAGGGAUUCCUUGUUGUCAUGCAGUUGCAUCUAUUUUUUACUUGCACAAGGAGGUUGAGUCAUUCGUUGAUCAGUGCUACACUAGAGAGGCUUAUUUGAGUGCCUAUGAAGGAAACAUCAAUCCUUGUAUUGGUGAGAGGCAUUGGCCUAAAAUUGACAAACCGAUCAAUCCUCCUCCAAUUAAGAUUGGUUCUGGUAGACCACGAAAAAACAGAAUCAAGGAUCCGCAUGAAGAUCCUAAAAAACCGGGAAAGCUCUCAAGACACGGGGUUCAAAUGACAUGUGGCAUUUGCAAUACGGUUGGACAUAACAAAAGGAAAUGUCCGAAAAAAGGUAAAGCGGUUGAGCAACCACCUCCAUUGAAAAGAAGUAAAGGCAAUAGGACAAUUAUAGCAGGGGAAGGGAGUAGAGGUGGUAGGACUGAUAGUGCAAGCGGAAGGAGUGGUGUCAGUAUUGCUAAAAGGGGAAAGCCUAAGAAGAACCCUUCUGAAAUAAUAUCAACCCAAGCAUCGACAACAAAGAGUUGA